GCUGUUUAGUUCAACAUUGCUGAACAACAAUAAUAACAUGAAUAGGAGACAUUGUCUGAUACUGGCGUUUGUUUGGACCUUGCUUCAAUUGUCCUACGUCGUGUGCAAUGAAAUAUCUCCGGCUGAAAGAAGUGAAAUGGACAAGCUUAUCAAGAAAUACAGUGAACUUUACGGCCGUUACAAGACCGCUGAAUGCGUAGCAUUCCUGACAGUCAGAUUACCAGAAAUCAAUUUGACUGUGGAAGAUUUUAACAGUGUUACACGCGAUACCAAGUAUCAGAUAUUUGUGAAUACUUCCGUGGACUACCUGAAAAAACUGAAAGACGAAUCCACUUGGAAGAAUGUAAACGAAGUAUCUGACCUGUAUCGUGAGUAUACAGAAUAUUUGAAAGACAUUGAUGAUUAUUACAAUAGUACUGUUUUUGAAAAUAUUGGUGCCAAAAUGAGGAACAGAAAUGUUAGAAUUAACUUAACCGAAGUCUUCACUGACCUUGUUAACUCUCUUCGUGAUGCAUGGACGGCUAGAAAGAAUCUGUAUACGACAGCAGCUGUGUACUAUAAAACUGACAAUAUUCCGAAGAAUCACGACAUCACUGAUGCAAAUGAACAAUUUAGUGUAGAGGACUGGGGUCAAUUUAUUGAAAAGGAAUUUAUCAAAUCAAGAGAGAAGUUUGAGCAGAAAUGUCAGGGAAUGCCAGGAACGCGUCUAGGUAUAAAUGCUGCCAAAAAAUUAUUGAAGAAAUCAGAUUGGAAAAAAAGACCAAAGUCCGAGUUCGAGCAUGCUGUUGUUCAACUGAUUUCUGAAGUGGAAAAGGUUGAGAAGCAGAGAAUCGAGAGGCUUCCGAGUAAGUUCACUCGAAUUUCACUCAUGUAAUAAUGCAUACAUUUGUGUUUAGCCUUGACUGGAAUGGAUAUUAUGAAUACAGUUCUGGAUGCGAUGGCGCAUGAGCGUGAUCAUGAAUUUGGUGCGAAAGCUGAAUGAAAUACAGUGGACAUACAAUGUUCAUAAACUGACAAAAUUUUACUCUCUGGUAAUGGUGUGUUAUUAAUUCAUAUUAAUAAACAUUUUUUCUCUCUCUUAAAA